AUGCCCUUCUUCGUCAAGGUCAGCGACAACCACUGUCGCAAGUUCUUAUCUCGCCCAAACACAUACAGUCUGUGUUUUCCAAGUGGACAUGACUUCUUCUUCUCGCUCCCAUUUGACAUGGAUUCUCUCUCCCUCAUGCGACCCAAAGAACUCUUCGCUCUCCAUAGGUUCCUAUCCUACGCCUCAAAGGACAUGACGCCAGCUGAGACCUUGAACACGCUGAACGUACAACUACUCAUUUCGCGAAGGCUUGCGGAUUCCGAAGCUCUGAGACCAGUGGAGCGCCGCGCCUGGACUGCUGGACACGGCUAUCCCAUCUUCGAUCACAACGACAUCCUUGUUGGUUUCUCGUGGGAUUGGACACACAUUGAGUUUGAAGGAGGGAAAGAGCUGGUAUCGAUGUAUAUGGAAUCAAUCUCUGAGCAGAACAAACAACAGGCUAUGAAGCGUACUGCCGAAGAAGAUGCAAUCACUGUUCUCCGCUGGGAGAAGAACGGACACCAGGCUUUCGUGUGGAAGCGCCAUGGCAAAACCAUCUGCUUCUACAUAUACGGAGCUUACUUUAGGAACUUUUCUGAUUGGGAGCAGGUCGAGGCCAAACUUACGGAACAGGAGCUGGACGAGCUUGACCGUGGUCUUGUAACGCUUCGCAGCCGGCCAGACGGAGGCUACAGCCUUCUCUCCGUGGAAUCCAAGGAAGAACAAGGCAGGAGAAGGAGCUCAGAAAGACGCCAUAGCUCGGACAUAGUGGUGCCUGUCAAGAUGUUCAAGCAACCACUCCCUCCACCUCUAUAUCCCCGUGAUGAAGAAUAUCACCAUACCAGCACUCCACUCAAGGACGUUCUAGCCCAAAACUCACUUCAGCCAAAAUAUCCACCCUCCUCGAUAUCGCAUCAGCCUAAAACAUGCAAACACUCAAAGAACGAUAACACAAACCAUGCUACCUCUGAAACUGACACUACCAACCUCAUAAACAUGUACGGCGCCAUCUUCGAAUGCGAAAACGACUGGCUCUCAUUCGCAAGCACGCUACCAAAUACCAUUCUCCACUUCCUCGAGCACGGCAUCCUCAAACUACAAGGGUGUACGCAUAACGGCAUAGCCGUCGUCUGGAUUCCGCAUCCCGACGCUCGUGUUGAAGAAACCGGCGACGAAGAGUCAACUGGCCAUGAUUCAUAUCGAGACGAUCACAAGCAGCAGACGCACACGCAAUCCCACAAUACCCUCGAACAGCUUUACCAAGUCAACCUCCUCACCCACACUACGCUCAACCACAUCCGCAACCGCUGCAUCCGACAGCGAACUCAAGGCCUCGACUCGAUGCUACUGAGAGUCUACAGAGACAUGCGAGAUAAUGGUGCAUCAGUGAAUGAAGCUACGAAACAAAUUCUUCAACUCAAGGAAAUGGAGCUACAGCGCCGUCAUCGAGGAGGGAAGAAGGAAGGACGACCGAGUGUUGAGAACAUAGCAUCUUGUUUCUUCGAGAGCUUUGAAGAAGCUACGCGGAACGAGCAGAAACAUGAGCAAGAGAGCUCUACUGCAACGAGGGAGAAAAUGACUGCCUCUGGUGGCAAGGGUGAUAGCAACGGAGGGUUUGUCAACCGUGGUGACCUCAACAACAGUUAUGACCACUAUAAGAAAUACGAAGAACCCAUUCCAAUCCCCAAACCCAACUACACUUACCCACGAACGCCUCUCGCCACAGCCACCACCCAUACAAACCUAUACAACCCACCCAACCACCCAACCCGAACCCACAACCCUACAAUCCAUCAUAUCACACCCCCUAUCUCUCCUCCCCUUUAUCAAUUCCCUUACAAGUUUUCUCCUCAUCCUCACACCCAGUCCACCCCAACGCCAACUCACCCACCCACCUCCGCGGUUCCCACCCAGAAAAAGCGACCAUCUAGCACAGAAAAGCCAGAUAAGAAACCACGGUACCAGGCCUAUGCUGAAGAAAGUGCGGAUGGGGAUGAUGAGGUAACAGCGGUAAAGGGGUCUUGGCGUGAUGUUUAG